AUGGGACGAGACUGGAAGUUGGGGAGAUGGGGACACUCAGGCGGAUGCAGAGGAGGGUGGCAACCCGAUCAUGAGAAUGAAAAUCAGAAUCAGGGCGGAGGUCGCGGGCGCGGGGGGGGGAGAGAGAGGGUGGGGAAAAAGAGGGAGGAGGAGAAGGAGGGGGAGGAGGAGGAGGAGGAGGAGGAGGAGGAGGAGGAGGAGGAGGAGGAGGAGGAGAAGGAGGGGGAGGAGGAGGAGGAGGAGGAGGAGGAGGAGGAGGAGGAGGAGGAGGCAGAGGAGGAGGAGAAAGGGGGGAGGGAAGAGAAGGAGGAGGAAGGGGAGGAGGAAGAGGAGGAGGAACGUCAGCCCGAGUUUUUCAACAACCCCGCAUCAAGCAAGGUGAACGUGACGCUAGCGGCAAUCGCGGAGGUGCCAGGUCUGCAGGAGUACCUCGUCUGCCGCAUGCGACUCUACACUGAAUGUGCAGAGAUGCGCGAUCCAUCACUGGACGACACAGACAGUAUCACAGACUGGGACAUGGCCAUACACGUUAUAAGAACCUUCUUUAAUGUAGCCAUGGACCGCUUCUACUCCCUGUUUGACGCUGUGCAAGCGAGAGCGGACGUUGAGGUGCUGGACACGAUGGUUGAGAUCUGGCAGGUGCAGAUGCCAGUGCUUGACGGCAGGUACCACAGCCUGUGGUCCACGCUCGACAGGCUGCGAAAGUCGCUGCACAGACGCCAGCACAGUGAGAGACAGAGGGAGAGGAUGGAGGAAGGCCAGCAGCUGCAUGCUGACUUCCCUUCAGGUCAGCGCCUGUCCAGCAUGCAGGCUGAGGAUGGUUUGGGCGAGCUUAGCUUGGAAGGUCGUCCACGCCACGACAAUGACCAUAUCGAGAUUUCAGCCAUCUCAGUGGCGUCAACGAUGGACGAGAUUCUCUGCGACGCCGCGCCCUACCUUCCGCACAACCACCCCAACGAGCCGCACUGCCUGCCAGCGGGGUCACUGGGGCGCCACGUAGACAUUCAAUUCCGCCUGCUGUGCCACGACCUCGUCGCCCCCCUCUGGAGCAAGGCGCUCUUCCUCCUCCACCGCCUCACUUACGAAUCGUCCGGGGGUGCCCGUGGUGCAAGCAGCAGCGGGAGCAGCAGCAGGGGGGAGGCAAUGGGGCUGCUGAGGGCAUACAGGGAGUCGGUGAGGGGUGUGGCGGAUGCGAUGAAGGGCAUGGCGUCUCUGCCCUUUGCUGAGUACAUCUGUGGGGUAUCUGACGGGGCACCUGGUGGUGCAUCUGGGAGGGCACCUGGAGCAUACAAGCUACCUGCGUACAUCCAAACGGGCAUGAGGUACGACUUGAGCCUACUGCUCAAGACCAAGGCCCAGCAGGAGCAGAUCACUCCAGAGGACGAGUAUGCCCUUAGCAACGUGAGGAUUACCUGCCCCACGGCCUUCCCCAUAGAUGCUCUCCUGCGCUGCACGUCGCUGGACCAGCCCCAAGCUGCGGCCCUUACCCAGGAGUUUGCUCUGCUGCAGGGCCCCCAAGGAACCGGCAAGACGUUCGUGAAGAUAAAGCUGGUGGAGAUUCUGCUGAGCAAUGCAUUCAAGAGCAGCGCUAAGGGGCAUGUGUCUCGAGGCAGGGAGGCGGGCAGUGCCAUGGGUCCCAUCCUGUGCGUGUGCUUCACCAACCACGCCCUGGAUCAGUUCCUAGAGGGCAUCAUUCGUUCUCUACCACCUAGUCACUCGUCUCCCUGA